AUGUGGCUCCCCUUCUUGAUCGUGAUUUCAGAAGCCUGUGAUGUCAGAAUCGAUGAAAUAAACAUCUAUCCAACUUAAGGAGAGAAUUACAUACUUCCAAUGGACACAUUAUUUAGUGGCAGGAACUUGUCCUAUUUUUGUUAGAACUGCCCCAACAACCUUAUUCUCUAUAAUACCUUCGAAACUAUUGUCUCCAAAGACAAUUAUGGCUUCACCACUAAGUCAAUCGACUCAAAUAAGACACAUUUUGCUGUCUUGACUUACGAAUAAACUCUAAAUAUUUAUAAUAAUGAUCUAGAUUUGGUAUCAAAUCUCUAACUAACUGAUGGUUGGACGUAUUUUAAUGCAAUCUACACGAUCAACAAUGAAGUUUUGCUGAAUUGUUAUAAUCAGAAUGUAUUGUAAUUUCUUUUUUAAAAACAAAAUAAGUUCGUUUCUAUAUAGAAGUUGACAUCACCCACUCCCAUGAAAACUAAGAUGAGAUCAUUUAUUACCCAAAAGAAAGAAGCAUUAUUGUAUGCGCAAUUCUAUGCUGAGUACUCAACUCUAACUCUCUUUAUUUGGGAAGAUGAUCAUUAUAAAAACACUAGUGAGUGGUAGCAUCAAAUAUUAGAUUUCGAUAUAUCAGACAAAGGAUUCAUCUAUAUUUUAGUUCCCAAUGUGGGAAUCUACCAGGCAAUCAUAGACAAGGAACUUAAAUUUAGUGUGCCAACAAUGCAUUUAUCACCUCUGCAGCUACUCACAAUAACAAUUGGAACUAGUGUUACUUUAAACUCAUAAUUGGAUAUACUAAUAAUUACAAGCUUUGAUUAUGGUUCUUCUGUUUAAAAAUAUGUGGCAUGGGAAAAUUCUAUUUAUUUUUUUGGAGAUUUUAUUUUAACAUAUUUUGACUUUAGUCUUUACUCUACUUUACAAGUCCAAAUUAGUUAAUAUUUUUUAAUCAUUCAAUAAGAUAACUAUUUUACUGUGAAUUCAGCAGAAAUCAUCUAUCAAUCCUAAAAUCGCAAGUCCAUGUUUACAUUUUCAAGAAACACUAAUGACAUCACAUAAAUAUAUUCCUAUUUAGAUCCAGCAACUAACCGUUUAUAUGAAUUUAGCAACAAAUUAACAGUUUCAACAAUUCAGAACCCAUAACUAAAAGGAAUAUUUGAUCUUAAUAUCUCAAAGGGUCAUUUUUCUAUCUCUGCGUUUGAAAUAGAGUUGCCCUUUUUAAAUAGAUUUUGUCGAUCUCAAAUUACAUUUAAUCUUUUGCCAAAGAAUGACACCAAUAUCUAUUAAGUGUACAAUCAGAAAUUGCCUAAAGUGAUUAUGCAAAAUUCAAUCGUUUAAUAUGCAGUGGACAGUUUUUCAGGUCCUCUAUAAAAAAUCAAUGCAAACAUCUCUGAUCCUAAAUUAGGGAAAUUCGAUGAUGAGACCUUUGAACUCUUAAAUGUUUAGAUUGAUUAAGAAUUUGACUUAGUUAAACUAUUUUAUGUAACUCAACUUUCUCUAGAAGGAUUAAUUUUAGUAGGGGUUCAAGAUCUGACUUUGUAUAUUUAUAUUUGUUAAAGUAAUUACACUUGCAUGUAAGUUUAUAAUAAUAUUUUUAAUCAAAAGAUUCACUUCAUAGAAAUUUCAUUUUAUUAUUUAUCAAACUUUACAGUAGCUAUUAAUUAAGGAAGUGUUGAAUUGAUAUUAAUCUAGGCUAAUUACGACGAACAAUUAUUUGGCUAAAAUAUCGCCUUUUCAGAAACAGUUAUCUGUUGUUAACCAUUUGAGUAGUUUUUAUUAACUUACAAAAAUUUAGUUCUCCUGACUCCUGAUAAGAGAAUAAUUAUAACCACGUUUAAUUAAGAUGUUAUUUUCAGUUUAGAUGAAGAAAUAGUGAACCAACUUUUCUAUGAUCAAAUCGAAAAACGAUUAGAAUUCAACCCUAAAUCAAUUAUUACUAAUUAGUUAAACCUAGCAUCUAUUUUUUUUAUUAAUAACAGGGAUAACUUUAUUAUAAUUGAUAUUGCUUAUAACAAUAGUCUUAUACCAAUAAGUAUUACUUUUGUUAACUAUGAAAUUUAUUCAUUGAAUCUUGUUAAUGAAUAGAUAGUGGUUUCAAAUUUAUUGGAGGAUGAUAUGCUUGAAUUUGAAGUAUAUAAAAUUUACAACAUUUUGAAACCUGAAUUUUAGAAGUAAUUACCCCCUUUGUAAAUUCUAAGAGGGGUUCCAAUUUAUUCUGAUGAUGCUCAUCUCUAUGUUCGCUCUCAAGCGAAUUAUAUGGUAGUUUAUAGUCCCGCUCUGCCUUACCACAGUACUUAGUAUUUUAGAUUCAAAUUCACAGGGAAUUACUUCAGUUGCAUCGACUUAAAUUAUACAUCCUAUGUUACUUUUUCUAAUAAGUAUUAUUUGUUGCAUGUUGCAAUAACUGAACAAUUUAUAAGCAGUAAUGUUAUAAAUGCUACCUACAUUUCAGAAUUAACUUAGAUAUUUGCUGUAUCAUCUGCAUUAAAUGUUGAAUCAAAAUAGUAUUUUGACGAUACUAUUUAUAUUAUAAAUCCACUAAUUGAUAUUGAAGUGGAUUCUAAGAAUUUAACAUACCAGUUUCAAAAGGCUGAGCAUUUUAGAAUCGAUUUAGAUUUUCUAUUCAAUUUUUAAAUUCUUAAAUAUGAUUUGUAAACUAAUGAGUAAGACUCAAAAUAAUCAAGUGUCGCAUGUUAGUUAUAUCCAUAUUUUUAAGGUUAAUAGAAUUAUAGUUUUCCAAACUUUACAAUAGUAUUGAAUGUGAAUAACGAGUUCUAUUUAUAAAGCAACACCUCAAUACUUGGAGUGCAAUCUGGAGUGCAAACAUAAUAUCUCUAUUAGUUCUAAAAGUGUAUGGCCUCUGCAUCUUAUUAAAAUAAAAUAUACACAAUUUGUAUUAGUUCUUAAAUAACAUUCCUAAUCUAAUUUGAAAUUUCAGGAGCCAAUAUUACACAACUUUUUGGGUAUGCUGCUUUGCCAUUAUCAUGCCAAGUGAUUAAAAAAAUGGUUUAAUUUUAGAAUUUAACCUUUGUACUUGGCUAGAAUGUAAUAUCAAGUAAAUAUGAGUAUAUUUACGUAUACAAUCUAUAUAACUUAAGCAAUAUUACAGUCUAAAAUGUAUCUUGCAAGAAAGGCAUUGAGGAUUUCGCAGUUCAAUAUCUCUAUAACCAAACUCAAAGUGAGCAAAUUAUUGCUAUAUUUUUCAUCUGCGAUAAUGCACUUUAUUAUAACCUUGGCUAUUUAAAUUAGAUUAAUUACACACUUCAUUUGGAUAAGGAUUUUUAGAAUGUUAUCUUAAAAGAUAAAAAACUAUUAAUAUUGAAAUAAACGGCUAUGCUGCAAAUAAUUCCCUUAGCUUUGAAGUAUAACGAGAUCCUGCUGGCUCUAACAACCACAAAUGCCACAACUUUCAUUUUCACCAUGACAUUCAGCAAAGAUUUAUACGUCAAAAAAGAACUGCAGUUAUAGACUAUAGUCUAAACAAUCCCCCCAUAUGGAAAUUAUACUCAAUAAUACUUUGGAUUAGCAAUGAAAGGUAUAUUAUUACUACUGUUUGCCUAAUAAAAUGAGCGUGUUUUUGCUGUCUAUAAUUAUACCAAAAUUUAAAGCAACAUUAGAGAACCUUUAAUGAUGAUGGGAGGCCUUAAUUAAUCACUCCCUAACCCCUAAGGAGUGGCUAUCUCCAUAGUGUCUAAUAAGUUAGGGGGCUAAAUUGUGGAUUUAACAAAUGGAUCACUAAAUAUAUAUAAUUUUACUUCUUCAAAUUAUUUAACAUGCUAAUCAACUUAAAGAGCUCACAACGAUUAAUAUUAUUCAUUGAGUCUUUACAAUUCUUUUAGUUCAGAUACUAUAGAAUUAAUUUUCCAAUAUAAAAAAGAGGGUCCAACUUAUUGGAUAUAUAUCCUUUUGGCUAUGGUCAUUUUAAGUGUACUAAGCUUUGUCUAUGUAUAUCGACAAAAGAUGAAGGAUCAUAGGUAUUUUUUUGAGGGAGAAGAAGAAUUAACUGAUGAAUUUGAGCUUUGA